GUAAUCAGCGCAGAAGCCCCGAGGUUACCGCAUGAAUGCCUGCUCUUAAGAAACAAGCAGCCUGCACUUAUUUGCCGUAAUGAGUGCGCAGAGUUUAUUUGAUUUAUCUAUCGACCCAGAAAGAUGUUAAUAGUAAAUGAGAGGUAGAGUUUUCUCCUUUAGUUUCCGUAAAAACCGAAGCGUGAAAUAAACGUGCAUUUUGACUGCGGCAUCGAGAGAGAACGCUAAUCAGUUAGUAAUACUGUAGACUCCGGUAGAGAGCCGACUUUAUAUUUUAGUAGAAAUAUAAACUGUGCCGCUGAAGGGAUGAAUAAGCGAGAAGGUGAGGGAUGGUCCCGGAGAAAUGUUGAAGCUGCACAGGAGCGUGAUGUGCAUGCAAAUCCGUCCUCGGCAGUCAUUGCUGCUUUUAAAGUUUUCCAGCAGGAGCUCGACAGCCGGCACGACAAAUAUGAGCGCCUUGUUAAGAUCAGUCGAGACAUCACCAUCGAAAGCAAAAGGGCCAUUUUUCUUUUGCACAGAGUGACCAAUGUCCCCAAUGCUGAGGGUGUUCUGAACGAGGCCGAGGGCAAGCUGGAUGGAGUCAGACAGAAGAUUGGUCAAAUUGCUGAGGAGCUGAGAGGGGAGGAUAUUUAUCAGUUUCACAGAGCUUUCACGCCAGGAAUUCAGGAGUACGUGGAGGCCGUCUCUUUCCUGCACUACAUCCGCCACCGCAGCCUCGUCAGCCUGGAGGAGAUCAACGCAAGGCUCGUCUUCAUGAAUACAGAGAACUCUGACCCAAAGGGCUCAGCUGAAGCCCCGCCCUCAGGAGCUCGGGUUCUGACCUUCCAGGUGACACCGGCCGACUACCUGCUGGGCGUGGCCGACCUGACGGGGGAGUUGAUGAGGCUGUGCAUCGGCAGUGUGGGCAACGGCGACAUAGACACGCCCUUCCAGCUGAGCCAGUUCCUGCGGCAGAUCCAUGACGGCUUCUCCUACAUUGGGAACACGGGCCCUUACGAGGUCUCUAAGAAGCUGCACACGCUACGGCAGAGCCUGGGCAAGGUGGAGGACGCCUGCUACACUCUGCGUGUCCGCGGCUCUGAGAUCCCCAAGCACAUGCUGGCGGAUGUGUUCUGCAGCAGGACCACUCACAUGGACACAGAGGAGGGAGUCGUUUAGUUGAACACUCUUGAUGCCCUUUAUUGUGACCUUGUCUUGUUUAAUGUGAUGCAUUUUUAAUGGGGUUUGAGAGCUGUUCUAGCUUGUUAAUUUAGCAUAAACAUUGUUAGAAUAGGAAAUCUGUUUUCUUUAUUAAAAAUUAGAAUACUUCUGCUGUUUUGCAUGAAUAAAAGUUACGUUGUGCUCUCAGGCUUACAGCUA